AUGCGGGGGGACCGGGCCGCCCGGCGACUGGCGUUGCCAUCGCUGCCGCCGCCGCCACUGCUGCUGCUGCUGCUGCUGUCCCGAGCCGGGGCGCUGCACCCAGAGGAGCUCUUCCCCUACGGUCAAUCGCGGGGGGACCAGCUUCUGCAGGAAGGCGACGACGAAAGCUCAACCCCAGUGAAGCUGGCGAGUCCCCUGCGCUUCUACGAAGCCCAGUUCAGCUACCUCUACGUGGGCACCAACGGUAUCAUCUCCACUCAGGACUUCCCUAGGGAGACCCAGUACGUGGACGACGAUUUCCCCACAGACUUUCCGGCCAUUGCCCCGUUCCUGGCGGACAUCGACACGAGUCGGGGCCGGGGCCAGGUCCUGUACCGUGAGGACACGUCCCUGGCAGUGCUGGGCCUGGCCGCCCGCUACGUGCGCGCAGGCUUCCCGCGCACCGCGGCGCACUUCACCCCCACCCACGCCUUCUUGGCCACCUGGGAGCAGGUGGGCGCCUACGAGGAGGCCAGCAGCCGGGUGCCGCCCUCAGGAGAGCUGAACACUUUCCAGGCAGUUUUGGCAUCUGAUGAGUCUGAUACCUACGCCCUCUUUCUUUACCCUGCCAAUGGCCUUCAGUUCUUUGGAACUCGCCCCAAAGAGUCUUACAACGUCCAGCUUGAUCUUCCCGCCCGGGUGGGCUUCUGCCGAGGGGAGGUCGAUGACCCGAAGAGAGAGGGACCCUAUUUCAGCCUGACCAGCACUGAACAGUCUGUGAAAAAUCUCUACCAACAGAGCAACCUGGGGGUUCCUGGAGUGUGGGCUUUUCAUAUCGGCAGCACCUCCUCACUGGACAAUAUCAGGCCAGCCACCCUUGGAGGAGACCUUACCAAAGCCCGCCCUUCACCUCCCCUGGAGCAGUCCUUUGGCCCUACAGCAGCUCCGGAAAGUGACUACACUGAAGACAAUCUGGAUUACUAUGAUGAGAAUGAGGGAGAAGUGGAGUACCCCCCAAGUGAGCCAGAGGACACAUGGAAAGGCCAAAGCAACAUUGAGGUUUCCUUCCAACCGAAAGCUGAUGAUCGGCCCCUCUCGCCUGAAACCGAAUCGGCCACCUUGGAGCCUCAAACCAAAGAGGGGAGAGCUCCGGGUGGGGUAGAUGCCCCAGAUUUAAAUGGCGCAGUCGAGUCUUCUGAACAGCAAGGGACCAGAAGCCCAGCUCCUUCAGAGAUAGAAGGAGAUUCACCGGGUCUGACCUGGGGAGCCCCGCCUCCCCACGCAGAGGGACCGUCCCUGCCUUCAGAAGAGGAUGUCCCUCCAGCCCACCCAGAAGGAAAGGCCGUUCUAAAUUACCCCGUGCUAGCUCACACUCCACCACUGGGGCUGGGGAGGCAAGUGCUAGGCGUGGAGGAUGUCAUCGGUUCCAGCACUGAGGUCUUCACGUAUAAUGCUGCCAACAAAGAAACCUGUGAACACCACCAUGGACAGUGCUCCCGGCACGCCUUCUGCACCGACUACGCCACCGGCUUUUGCUGCCACUGCCAGUCCAGGUUUUACGGAAAUGGGAAGCACUGUCUCCCAGAAGGGGCACCUCAUCGAGUCAACGGGAAAGUGAGUGGCCACCUCCUCGUGGGCCACAUGCCCGUGCACUUCACGGACGUGGACCUGCACGCUUACAUCGUGGGUAAUGACGGCAGAGCCUACACGGCCAUCAGCCACAUCCCUCAGCCCGCCGCCCAAGCCCUUCUCCCGCUCAUACCGAUCGGAGGCCUAUUUGGCUGGCUCUUCGCUUUACAAAAACCAGGCUGGGAGAACGGCUUCAGCUUCACAGGUGCUUCCUUUACACAUGAGAUGGAAGUUACUUUCUACCCAGGAGAAGAGAGGGUUCGAAUCACUCAGACUGCCGAGGGACUUGACCCGGAGAACUAUCUGAGCAUUAAGACCGACAUUCAAGGCCAGGUGCCUUACAUCCCAGUGAAUUUCACUGUCCAUAUAGCUCCCUACAAGGAGAUUUACCACUACUCAGACUCAGCUGUGACCUCCACAAGUUCCAGAGACUACUCACUCACCUCUGGUGCUAUCAACCAGACACGGUCCUACCGCAUCUACCAGAACAUCACUUAUGAGGCCUGCAGACAUGCCCCCAGACACCUGGCCGUCCCCACCACCCAGCAGCUGAACGUGGACCGGGUCUUUACCUUGUACACAGAUGAAGAAAAGGUGCUUAGAUUUGCCGUGACCAAUCAGAUUGGCCCAGUUGAAGGGAACUCAGACCCCGUCCACGUGAAUCCUUGCUACGAUGGGAGACACACAUGUGACAUGAGGGCUCAGUGCCAUCCAGGGGCAGGGGUAGACUACACCUGUGAGUGUGCCUCUGGGUACCAGGGAGAUGGACGCAGCUGUGUGGAUGUAAAUGAGUGUGCAACUGGCUUCCAUCGCUGUGGCCCCAACUCCAUGUGUAUCAACUUGCUGGGAAGCUACAGGUGUGAGUGCCGGAGUGGUUAUGAGUUCGCAGAUGACGGGCACACUUGCACCUUGAUCAGCCCCCCUCCCAACCCCUGUGAGGAUGGCAGUCAUUCCUGUGCUCCCGCUGGCCAGGCCCGGUGCAUUUCCCAUGGAGGCAGCACGUUCAGCUGCGCCUGCCUUCCUGGUUACACAGGCAACGGGCACCAGUGUACUGAUGUUGAUGAAUGCUCAGAAAACAGAUGUCACCCGUCAGCUACCUGCUACAAUACCCCUGGCUCCUUCUCCUGCCGAUGCCACCCUGGCUAUCAUGGGGAUGGAUUUCAGUGUACCCCUGACCCCUCCUCGGGGCUGAAACCCUGCGAACUACAGCAGCGCCAGGCCCAGGCUCAGCACACCUAUCCCGGCAGCCGGAUGCACAUCCCCCAGUGCGAUGAGCAGGGCCACUUCCUGCCACUGCAGUGUCACGGCAUGACCGGCUUCUGCUGGUGCGUGGACUCCGACGGCCACGAAGUCCCCGGCACGCGGACUGCACCCGGCUCCUUGCCACCGCGCUGCGGACCACCAGAGCCCACCCAGAGGCCCCGGACCAUCUGUGAGCGCUGGAGGGAAAACCUGCUGGAGCACUACGGUGGCACGCCCAGGGAUGACCAGUAUGUGCCCCAGUGUGAUGACCUGGGCCACUUCAUGCCCCUGCAGUGCCAUGGGAAGAGUGACUUCUGCUGGUGUGUGGACAAAGAUGGCAGAGAAGUGCAGGGCACCCGCUCGCAGCCAGGCACCACCCCUGCCUGUAUCCCCACGGUUGCUCCACCCACAGUCCGGCCUGUGCCCCGGCCUGAUGUGACCCCUCCAUCUGUGGGCACCUUCCUGCUCUAUGCCCAGGGCCAGCAGAUCGGUCACUUGCCCCUCAAUGGUACCAGGCUUCAGAAGGACAUGGCCAAGACCCUGCUGUCACUGCAUGGCUCCAUAGUUGUGGGAAUUGACUAUGACUGCCGCGAGAGGAUGGUGUACUGGACAGAUGUUGCUGGACGGACAAUCAGCCGUGCCAGUCUGGAACCAGGAGCAGAGCCUGAGACGAUCAUCAACUCAGGUCUGAUAAGCCCAGAAGGACUUGCCAUCGACCACUUCCGUAGAACAAUGUACUGGACGGACAGUGGUCUGGACAAGAUAGAGAGAGCCAGGCUGGAUGGCUCCGAGCGCCAAGUCCUCUUCCACACGGACCUGGUGAAUCCGCGGGCCAUUGCUGUGGAUCCAAUCCGAGGCAACUUGUACUGGACAGACUGGAAUCGAGAAGCUCCUAAAAUUGAAACAUCUUCUUUAGAAGGAGAAAACAGAAGAAUUCUGGUGAAUAAAGACAUUGGACUACCUAACGGUUUAACCUUUGACCCCUUCUCCAAACUGCUCUGCUGGGCAGACGCAGGAACCAAAAAACUGGAGUGUACACUUCCUGAUGGGACUGGACGGCGUGUUAUUCAGAACAACCUCAACUACCCCUUUAGUAUUGUUAGCUACGCAGAUCACUUCUACCACACAGACUGGAGGAGGGAUGGUGUUAUAUCUGUAAAUAGAGACAGCGGCCAGUUUACUGAUGAGUAUCUCCCAGAGCAGCGGUCUCAUCUCUACGGGAUAACUGCAGUCUACCCCUACUGCCCAGCAGGUAAAUAA